AUUGUUGAUGGUAUAUAAGUCCAUGGAAGGUCUAGGACGACAUCAGAAUCACAAGAUUCGCCGACGUUGUCACAUCUACUCUACAAUGGUUGCCAAGUUUUUCGUUGUCCUCGCCCUUGUGGCCGCGGCUGCCGCCUCCGAUGUCUCCAGUUUCUCCUACGGCGUCGCUGAUCCCUACACCGGUGACUUCAAGAGCCAGGUUGAGAACCGCGCCGGUGAUAAUGUAGCGGGACAAUACUCCCUCCUGGAAUCUGACGGCACCCGCCGUACCGUUGAUUACGCCGCUGGCGCUGGUGGCUUCAACGCCGUCGUCCGCAAAGACCCCGCUGCCUUCGUCGCCCCCGCCGCAUAUGCCGCUCCUGCCGCGUACGCCGCUCCUUACGCCUUCGCCGCACCCUACGCUAACCCCUACGCCUACAAUUAUGGAAAAUUAGCUUACCCCUACGCCGGCGCUCGUUUCGCGUACCCUUACGCUCGUUACUUCUAAACGCAAAUGCCUUGAUUGGUAUUGAAUGUUUGUAAAUAUGUGAAUAAAUCGGUAUAAACAAGU